AAAGGUCAGCCACUCCUUAAGUCAUUGUUGCACACUCACGUCUUGUUCCCGACCAGUGCAGUACAGCUUUGCAACGCUCCAAGCUCAAGCUAGUAGUAUUUCAGCUAACAGUCGCAGUCAUGUUUAGGCGCCAAAAGAGAACUGCUGAAGAAUCCGCUGUUGCGGGAGGAAAAAGACCUCGCUUAUCCAAGGCUCCCAUGUACACACCACACCGAGGACGUCGUGCACAGGACAAACACAAACAGUGGGCUGCCCUUGGAGCUUGGUUUCUGGGACCCAAGGCAGAAAAUGGAGACGUGUUUCGAGACCUUUUGACGCAAGCUGUCGAUAAACAUGUUGGAUUUCGCCAUAACUAUUUCCCCUUUGACCCCCCUUAUGUUACGGAUGAGCUUCGGGAAGCCGGAUCUUUCCAAAACGCAAUGCAAAAAUUGAGAUCAGAGAUGGACAGCUUGCAAACGGAAUUGCAGAACUCCGUGCCAUUUUUCAGCUCAAGAUACAAGGGUCACGUUCUUUGGGAAACAGCCAUGCCGGCCAACCUCGGUUACAUGUCUGCCAUGUUGUUCAAUCAAAACAACUGCGCAGCAGAAGCAUCUACAGUUACCACGAAGUUCGAGGUGGAAGUUGGGAACGAUUUGUGUGUCAUGAUGGGAUAUGAUGGACAUCAAGCUAUGGGACAUUUGACGGCUGGUGGAUCAGUCGCUAACAUUGAAGCAAUUUGGGCGGGAAGAAAUGUUAAGUACUUUCCACUCGGAUUGCAAGAAGCUUUGAUUAAAGAGGAGAGGCUUGCUGCUGCCAGAGGUUACAAGGUUCACUUCCCGCAAAAAGUAGGAGAAGCAGAAGUCAUGAGUGCGUCUCAAUGGGAGCUUCUCAACCUUGAUGUGGAUACUAUUCUAAAGAUGCCUGAGGAAGUACAAACUUUGACAGGCCUCGAGCAUCAAGAGUUUAUGGGAAUCAUGGGCUCGUAUCUUUACGAAUCCGUUGGAGCGCAAGAGUUUGCCCGUCGACAUAUGCUGACGCAGAGCCCUUGUGUCAUAGCACCAAGUACAGCUCACAUUUCGUUCACGAAAGCAGUCACCGUUCUCGGGCUAGGACGAGAAAGCCUCGUUACGGUGGCAGUGGACGAAGAUGCCCGGAUGGAGCCAAAAGAACUAGAACGUAUUCUGAAGGAAAAGCUAGAAAAUGAAAUCCCAGUAAUAACAGUGGUAUCUGUCAUGGGAACAACUGAGGAAAGUGCAGUGGAUCCGCUGACGGAAAUUUUGGAAUUACGAAAACAGUUUAGAACUAAGGGCCUAAACUUCAGCAUCCACGGGGACGGAGCCUGGGGAGGAUACUUCUGCAGUAUGCUUCGCAAGCGUUUUAAAGGCAACAUGGAGCAAGAGGAGGAAGAAGGAUUUGUCCCUGAACUGUAUCUGAGUUCCUUUGUCCACAAGCAGAUAUCAGCCAUGAACCAGUGUGAUACCAUCACCAUUGAUCCACACAAGUCUGGCUUUUGUCCCUACCCCGCUGGAGCACUGUGUUACAGGGACAAAACCAUGAAUACUUUUCUUCAAAUCACCACCACUGUGGUCUAUUACCAUGGUGACAUGACUCUGGGUGAUAUUGGCAUCGAAGGAUCCAAGCCUGGCGCUGCAGCUGCAGGGGUUAUGCUGGCAAACAGGGUCAUUGGACUUGACAGGCAUGGAUACGGUCGUAUUCUGGCUGAGUGCAUGUUCACCGCCAAGAUAAUGUAUUGCCUGUGGGUAACACUAGCAGAGAAAGAUGAUAACUUUGUCAUUGAAACAACUAAGCCUCUUCCCAAAAAGUACAAGAAUAUGUCCCGGAAAGAGCAGAUGAAAUUCAUCAGAAAAAGUAUUCUGGGAAGAAGCAACGAAGAACUUACUCAGGACAAGGAAGCUAUGGAUUACCUCAAGGAAGUGGGCCCGGACACUAUGAUACCUUGCUUUUCCGUAAACCUGAAAGGAAACAAAAACGUCGAAAAAUGCAAUGAAAUCAACUUGGCGCUUUUCCAGGAUCUCGCACACACAUCAAGUGAACAGACCGCCCAUCGCAUUCCAAUGAUUGUCACAUCAUCAAGUCUAGUUCCACACAAACACAGCGCUGCAGUGAAGAAUUUCAAGGAAAGACUGGGGUUACAUUCCAACAACGAGACACCUGUCAAAUACAUCAUCACUACUUGCAUGGACCCCUGGGCCACCUCCAUGGAGUUUAUGGACGACAUGGCUGCCAUCAUGAGGAACAGUAUCUUGUGUGCCAUUGGAACGGUUACUGAUCCCAAAGCACUCCACAACUUUGUCAGCACCGGAGUUGUCAAUCAAAAGAACGAGGUGAUUGCCUCUUAUGUUGGAGACUUCAAUGACGUGGCGAAGCAGUAUGACACCGUGGUAAAAUUACAAUUCCUCCAUGAAAAAGAUGCCGAGAAGUAUAUCGCAAUGCAAGAGAAGCUGCUGCGGUCGAGUGAAGAGCCCCAACCCAUUGUGUUCAGAAGCAAAAUGGACAAGCACCACGACGUCUUCUUCGAAAAGUCUGAGUACGCUGGCGAGAGGGAAAAGUUCGACUGCUUCGUAGGCCUGCCAUCUGACAACGACAACAAUCCUUUCAUGACUGUGAAGAUGAAGAUCGCGGAUGUGGCACGUUACCAGCAUUUUGAUAAAGGUGACUAUCCUGAUGCCAGUACCUACUUCAUGUACGGCGACAAGAAGAGUGUGUUCUUGUUCCACAUUCCCACCAAAAGCCCGGAUUUCUUUCAGGUGGUCCAACUGGAUGGCCCUCCUGAAGGCGUUGGCAGCGAGGAAGUUGAUGACCUGUUGCUCAGAUAUGGAACCGAAGUCGAGUUUCCAGCCAUUCCUGGCUCACCAGUGAUAGCAAGUGGAGAAGUCCAGGAUCCUCUGACGGAAAACAAAUACGACAUAACAUUCGUCGGAAUGAAUGGUGAAGAGGUAAACACCAAGGUGAAGAUUGCCAGAAAAGUCUGGUUUGCUGGAGCCACCGUCUAAUAGUUGAACGAGAAAAUCAGUAACUCAAAAUGACAUGGAAUGUCUUGUUCCUUCUUUGCCAGGGUUGACCAGGGGUGUUUUGUAACCCCACAUCACUUAAUCGUUUUGGACAUUAAGUUGACUGGAAAUAAACGUUUCUGUCGCAGUGUUGUUCAAACAAUUGAUAAGAUUUUUUUUUAAAAUUUUGUAUGGUGUGCAGCAUUGUCAUCUUAUACCUAUACUCGAUUUCUACUGAUCAAAUAAAUUGGACAAAAAUCA